AUGGCAGAUGACAGCAGGAAAAGCAAUAACAAUGUCAGUGGCAAGAUUCAUUCUUUGUCUCUGGUGUUCAAUUCAUGGAAUUUCUAUGGUGCAAAUGGAUCCUUACUUUGGAAAUUUGUCUUCUCUGACAAUAAGGAUCCAAAUGCCUUCUGGGCUGCUGUUUUAGGAUCUGAUGGUAUAAUAUCGUUCUAUAAUUUUCAAAAGGGAAAGUCUGUUGCUGCUGAAGCAACUAGGAUCCCACAAAGUUCAUGCAGCACUCCUGAGCCUUGUGACCCCUACUAUGUGUGCUAUUUUGAGAAUUGGUGCCAAUGCCCUUCACUUCUCACCUCACGCUUUAAUUGCAAACCUCAAGCACUCCCAACCUGUAAUACCUCCAAAAGUUCAGUAGAGCUCUUAUACGUUGGUGAGAAGCUUGAUUACUUUGCACUUGGUUUUAGCACACCCUCUCUGAAAUCCAAUCUGAGUUCCUGCAAAGAAGCUUGCCUUGGUGAUUGUUCUUGCCUUGUGCUGUUCUUCGAAAACAGUUCUGGACAUUGUUUUCUGUUUGACCGGGUAGGGAGUUUUGAACGCUCCGCUGCAAAUUCUACUGGAUACAUCUCUUUUAUGAAGUCCUUGAGGGAUGGAUUAAGCCCUGUAAAGGAAGGCAAGGGAAAUAAAAGCAAGCGCAUUUUGUUACUCAUGGUCAUUUCGGUUGCAACAAUCUUGGUUAUUGUUGGUCUAGUUUAUGUAGGAUUCUGGUACUACCGCAGGAUGAGACUAUUGGAAUAUUCCCAAGAAAUCUUGGAAGAGGAUAAGUUCUUGGACAGUCUUUCUGGAAUGCCUAUUCGCUUCACUUACGGUGAUCUUAGCAGAGCAACUAAAAAUUUCUCCAACAAAAUUGGCCAAGGAGGGUUUGGUUCAGUCUACCUAGGUGUGCUUCCAGAUGGCAUCCAACUGGCCGUGAAAAAAUUGGAGGGCGUUGGCCAGGGAAAGAAAGAGUUUAGAGCUGAAGUCACUAUUAUUGGGAAAAUUCGUCAUGUCCAUCUGGUCAAGCUCAGAGGUUUCUGUGCAGAAGGGCCUCACAGACUUCUUGUUUAUGAGUACAUGGGUAAAGGGUCUUUAGAUAAAUGGAUAUUCAUGAACAAGAACAACAAAAAGGAUGAAUCGUUAGAUUGGAAUACAAGAUUCAGUAUUGCCUUGGGGACAGCAAAGGGGUUGGCUUAUCUCCAUGAAGAGUGUGAAGAAAAGAUUGUCCAUUGUGAUAUAAAACCUGAAAAUGUUCUUCUUGAUGACAAUUUUGUUGCCAAAGUUUCAGAUUUUGGUUUGUCCAAGCUAAUGAACCGGGAGGAGAGCGGUGUACAUACGACGCUGAGGGGCACAAGAGGCUACCUUGCACCAGAAUGGAUCACCAAUUAUGCCAUAUCCGAGAAGAGUGAUGUAUACAGUUAUGGGAUGGUCUUGCUUGAGAUCAUUGGUGGAAAGAGGAAUUUUGAUCCAGGGGACAGUUCCGCGAAAGGCCACUUUCCUUCUUAUGCCUUUAAGCUGUUGGAAGAGGGAAAUAUGAAACAGUUCCUUGAUCCAAAUCUAGAUGUCGAUGAAAAUGAUGAAAGAGUUUUAAGUGCAAUUAAAGUUGCAUUAUGGUGUAUUCAAGAUGAGAUGCAACUAAGACCCCCAAAUGACUAA